AACAUUUCCAUCAAUCACACUACUUCCACCUAUCGCGCCCAAUCUCAGCCUCCCAUACAUCUAUACUUCAAUUCAAUCUCAUUUGCCACGGGUCUCAUACAUAUACAGAGAAGUCAAACCCGAUGGAUGGGGGGAACUUUGAUUUACCCAGUGUCAUUGGAAAUUCCAGCCAGCACUCAUGAUUACACUAUUCGUCGCCGUUGUUUCGAUCGUUGCGAGCUACCUCCUCUUGCGCACCUCUAAGUUGAAGGCUCCAUAUCCACCAGGUCCGAAAGGGUUGCCGUUUUUAGGGAAUAUCUUCCAGAUCCCAGGGUCCAGACAGUGGCUCAAGUUCUCUGAAUGGGCCAAAGAAUAUGGCCCCAUACUUCAUCUGACAGUCGGACCACAACAUAUCGUCGUUCUGAACAGUCCAGACGUAGUCGAAGAACUGUUUAUCGACAAGAACAAGCUUUUCUCCGACAGGCUUGCGCCAUACGUAGCUGCGGAUAUUGUGAGCGAUGGGCAGAGGAUUAUAUAUCUUCAAAACGAUUCUGCGGAGUUUAAGACAUUGCAUAAAGUACAUCAUCAAGCAUUGAGUAGCUCGGCGUCCAGAGCUUAUCGGCCAAUGCAAGAACUCGAAGCUACUGUUCUGCUAUACGACUUGUUAUGCGAUAGUGAAAAUAAGAAGGGCUUGGUGGCACGAGGCGACCCUCGUUGGAUGUCUCACGUUCAAAGAUUCGCUCUUAGCGUCGCAAGGUACAUCAUAUACGGUGAACCUGCCAAAAACAUGGAUGAUCCUGGGAUAGCAGCUAUCUGGGACACUGUUGCAGACAUAACUACCAUCUCGUUGCCAGGAGCUUUUUUAGCCGAUACGUUUUCCUUCCUGCGCAUGCUUCCAGAUGUCGUGUCACCGUGGCGGAUCAAGGCUAAGAAAAUGCAACAAAAACAUUUUGACCAUUACGUGUCCUAUGUGGACGGUGUCCGUAACGAUCUACGGAACAACAUCACAAGACCUCCGAACAUUGUUGGAGACUACUUAGUCGCCCGAGCUGAAGCUGGGGCUGAUAUAGGAAAUCAAAGUGGAGGCGCUUCUUGCACGUAUGAGCUUCCUGGGAAGGGCCUCGCAGAAAACGGAUGGAUGCGAGAUAGGAUGUUGGCGAUGGCUGCAUCGUCGAUUUUGGAAGCUGGUUUGGGCACAACGUCCGCGACGAUUUUUACGUUUUUGUUGAUUAUGUUAGGGAAUCGACCGGCGUUGAGGAAGGCUCAAGAAGAGCUCGAUAAUGUCGUUGGUUCAGAUCGGUUACCCACGUUUGAGGAUGAAUCUCAGUUGCCGUAUGUGGUUGCGUGUGUUAAAGAGUCUCUUAGGUGUAAGCCUAUGACACCUCUGGCUAUUCCUCAUGCUGCAGCUGAGGAUACGAUAUACAGAGGAUAUCUCAUCCCCAAAGGUGCUACGGUGUUCGGAAACGUCUGGGCUCUUCAUAUGGACGAAAACCGGUUCUCAAAUCCAGAACAAUUUAUACCCGAGCGGUGGUUGACAGUUGAGGAGGAGCAGAAGGAGGGCCAACCGUUGAAAUAUAAACCUGUUCGUAUCCGGGCUGGACCUGAGAGGGAUAGAGAUAUCUACACGUUCGGCUGGGGUCGCAGAUUCUGUACAGGCAACUACGUUGCAGAGGCUUCGGUAUUCAUCGCUGCUGUUCGGAUCCUGUGGGCUUUUGAUCUCGAGUUGGAUGAAGAUGCGCCGAAUGUGGAUUGGACUAAUGAGGAGAGUUAUUGUGGGGAUUUGGUACCGUUCCCCAACCCUUUCCCGCUUAGGUUCAGGCCUAGGUCUCAGAGACAUGUUGAGGUGAUUAGGGGCGCUCCGGGGUUGGAAGGGUGGCGCUGAGGUAGCGUAGCGUUGGUUCGAAAUUGCUGUUGAAAUUCUGUUGGCUUGGCUUUGUAAUGUAUGUCCGGUA